GACCUAGAGAAGGAUAUCGGUGAGUCGCUCUCGAAUUCACAUCAAAUUUACCAUAAGCACAACACAUAACUAAAGAGAAGUACAAAAUUAAAUACAAUUAUUUAAAAUGUUCCGAACGAUCAUAUUACGAAAUGAUGUUGCCAAAGAAAUUUUUAAACAAUCCCUCCGAUCUAAGACUUUGAGAAAUGUUUCCAUAGAAUGCUGCAAACGAAGACAUUAUCACAGAUCUUUAUUUGGUACUGAACAUUCGCAAGUUUUACGACGAUGGGAGAAAACACAACAAAAUUUUGUCAGAUAUUAUGCCACCGAUCUUCCAACUCAUACCAAAGUCACACUGCCAGCUCUUUCUCCCACAAUGGAACUGGGUACUAUUGUUAGUUGGGAAAAAAAGGAGGGCGACAAACUCAAUGAGGGCGAUUUACUCGCUGAAAUCGAGACUGACAAGGCGACCAUGGGAUUCGAAACUCCGGAGGAAGGUUAUCUAGCCAAAAUUAUCAUACCAGCUGGGACCAAGGAUGUUCCUAUAGGCAAACUGGUGUGUAUUAUAGUCGAAAACCAAGCAGAUAUUGCAGCUUUCAAAGAUUUCAAAGAUGAAGGAUUAGCAGUUCCAACCCAACCAAAGGCUGCUGCACCUAGUACUCCUGUACCAUCACCAGCACCACCAGUAGCUGCAGCAUCACCUGCUCCACCAGUGGUUGCUGAUGUAACCUCCACAGGUAGGGUGUAUGUCAGUCCCAUGGCAAAGAGGUUGGCCGAACAGAGGAAUAUCAGAUUGCAAGGUAAAGGUACCGGACUAUUCGGCUCAAUAACUUCUUCUGAUCUACCAGCCCUAGAAGCCGCCUCCGCAGCACAUCCCGCCGCCGUAGCUUUGCCUUCAGCUGGUGCACAAGCUUCAGCAUCUCCCUUCGUAGACAUCCCAGUGACAGGAAUGAGAGCCACCAUAGCUAAGAGACUGCUUCAGUCGAAACAGACUAUUCCCCACUAUUAUUUAUCGGUUGAAAUUAACAUCGAUAACUUGAUGGCCAUCAGGGCGAAAUAUAACAAAAAAUUAGAGAAGCAGAACGUGAAGUUGAGUGUUAAUGAUUUUAUCAUUAAGGCUGUAGCACAAGCUAGUUUAAAGGUUCCAGAAGCCAACUCCUCAUGGAACGAAUCCACAAUCAGACAAUACAGAAACGUAGACGUCAGCGUAGCAGUUUCUACCGAUAAAGGCUUGAUCACACCCAUAAUCUUCGAAGCAGAACGAAAAGGCGUUAUAGAAAUUAGCAAAACUAUGAAAGCUCUUGCAGCCAAAGCUAGAGAGGGAAAGCUUCAACCACAAGAAUUUCAAGGCGGCACAUUCAGUAUAUCCAACUUGGGCAUGAUGGGCAUCGACCAAUUCUGUGCUGUUAUUAACCCACCGCAGAGCUGUAUCCUGGCCAUUGGAACCAGUAGCAGUCGGCUGAUCGAGGAUCCCUUGUCAGAAAAAGGGUUUAAAUCUGCACAGUUCAUGACUGUGACCUUGAGUUGUGACCACCGCACCGUAGAUGGAGCUGUAGGCGCUAGAUGGUUGCAAGCCUUUAAAGAAAAUCUUGAAGAUCCAGUGUCGAUGAUCAUCUAAGACGGCGACAACCCGUUGAACUAAGAAGUUCCUAACCAGUUCAUCUCAUCAGACGAAAAGCUGCCAAUGGACAGGGUGAAGAAACAGUGAAUUCGCGCACCCAGAACACGGAGACAAAACGGACUUUUUCGCCCAGCUGUAGGGGACGUUUUGGCGAGAUAUUCUAAACUCUAGUUAUGUAUUUUUAACAGUUGUAAGUUCAACAUUUUGUUGGUAGUUGGGGCUUAUGUAUUUGAGUUUAAACAAAAGUUUCUGAAAAGUGUAAUGAAGAAAACUACUUCAGCUACUUUGGAAGAUGUGGUGCUUAAGUAAGAUAUCGUUAUUCGGUUAUCAGCGUUAUGGACUGUUAUAUUUCUGUGGCUGUUAGAGACGUUAAUUAUAACAAAAUCUCUUAUAGUUAAACAAAUACGGUUGUCACAUGUUAGACAUCAUACCUUUAUCAUUUUUUUAUUUUGUUUAUUUGUUUAGAAUAACUCGCUGAAAGAUCAAUUUAGUUGAGUAACAACAAAAGAAAUUUGUAGUUGUGAUUUUAUUCAAAAAUAUUUAUUAUUUAUAUUUAAGAUUUAAUAGUUGCUUGACUUCGUGUUCUUUUUUGUAUUUUUAGGAAGGUUCAUCCAUUCUAUCAUUGUUUUUAUCCAUUAUUUGAAAAAGAAAGUGCUGUAUCAUUUUUACUGCAUUUAUCACGUGAUUCGGCCAUCAGAUGACCGGUUGAGUUUGGUCGUUAGAUGUUUAUAAAUCAACUUCUUUUUGUUUCAUAGUUUUCUGAAAAAUUCUCAUACAUUUGUUAUAAUUUGUUGUAUGGUUUAUGUAUGUAAAUAUCAAAAAAGAUAAUUUAAUAAAUUAUAUUGUAAAUAC